AUGGCCUUGGUAAAUCACAGCACCAUCACUGAAUUCCUCCUCCUCGGGCUGUCUACCAACCCCCAGGUCCAGACUCUGCUCUUUGUGCUGUUCCUGAACAUUUACUUCCUGACCAUCUUGGGGAACCUGAUGAUGCUGCUGAUGAUCUGGGCUGACUCUCACCUCCACACACCCAUGUACUUUUUCCUCAGUCAGCUCUCUUUCCUGGACCUUUGUUUAUCUUCAGUUACUGUGCCCAGGAUGCUGAGAGACCUCCUAUUGGAGAUAAAAACCAUCUCAGUAAGGAGCUGCCUGGCUCAAGGCUUCUUUGUGUUCAUCACUGCAGGGACUGAGGGCUUUCUGCUUUCAGUGAUGGCCUACGACCGUUAUGCCGCCAUCUGCCACCCACUCCUCUAUGGACAGAUGAUGAGGAAACAGCUCUGUCAACUUGUAUCGGGCUCAUGGGGCUUGGGUUUUUUGAAUGCACUUAUCAACAUCCUCCUAGCUACCAACUUGGACUUCUGUGAGAGCCAUAUCAUCAGCCACUACAGCUGUGAGGUGCCCUCUCUCUUUCCUCUGUCUUGCUCUGAUAUCUCCACCAACCUCAUAGUGCUGUUCUGCUCCACCCUGCUUCAUGGGUUUGGGACCUUCUCCCCAAUCAUCUCAUCCUAUGCCUGCAUUGUCUCCACCAUUCUGAACAUCAGCUCCACCGCAGGCAGAAGCAAGGCCUUCUCCACCUGCUCCUCCCACCUCAUGGCAGUGAUCUUCUUUUAUGGCUCAGGUUUUCUCCGCUAUCUCAUGCCAACCUCAGGAUCCCUCCUAGAGUUGAUCUUCUCUGUACAGUAUAGUGUGAUCACCCCCAUGCUGAAUCCUCUCAUCUACAGCCUGAAGAACAAGGAGGUGAAGGCAGCUCUGAAAAGAACUUUGGAAAAGUAUUUGUAA